AUGGUCGAAGAAAAUGAUCACACAACGAAGAAGAAGACGGACGACGUCACGCUGCUUGCAUCAGGCCUAGACGAAAUGCUUGACGCCUCAGCCAUAUCUGGGGGCCUUCUCGACGAAGACUCUUGGUUUCUCUUGCGUGCUGAGUCCCUCCGGAGAAAGAACGUCCAUGAUGCCCAAGAGACGGUCACACAAUCGCUGGACACGCAAGAGCUGAAGUUGAGCGAGAUCCUCCCCACGGAGACAGGCUUGCAGACCAAGAGGAGGAGAGUGGAACGAGCUUGCGAGUUCUGCCGAAGGAGGAAGCUCAAGUGCGACGAUCAGAGGCCCUGCUCCAGCUGCGCUGGGAGGAUGACAGGCUGUAGAGACUGUCACAAGGGAGCUGAGUGGGAGGCGCAGCUCGCCGCGCUAGGCAAGAAUGCUGGGCUCUACUGGAAGAUGCGCCACAAUGUUUCGCAGGCAUGCGACCGUUGCAGGAAGCUCAAGUCCAAGUGUGGAGACACUCGACCAUGCUGGCGCUGCGUGAAGAGCGGGUACACCAGAGUCAGACUACUGGGGGAGUGA